CACGCCCCCUCCGACGGGCUCCUCCAGACAUCCAUUGUGCAUCGCCCCCGGCCAGAACCUCCCCGGCCAAGAUUCCAAUUCGUCGUCAUUAUUCGGCCUCCGCCCAGCCUCACCUCGCCCUGCACCCGCGAUCUCACCUAUCAACCCUCCGCCUGCGCCUUGCAUACCGUGCAGCAUUCUUCGAUCUCGCCGCACCGCUCUCCACGACCUCGCCUUCCUCCACGCUGCCGCCCGCACCUCGAAUCCCUUCAAUGUGCCCAAGUCCCCCGCCUUGUUCACUCGAUUCGCGCGCCUCCGGAGCCCAGGGCCCCUCGCAAAAUGCCUCGAUCCGCCGCCUCACGCCGCCCCGCCGACGGCGCGCCAUUGCAGAGACGAAAGAUCCGGCCGCCAUCGAGAACUGGAUCGGCUGAGCGGGGCAGUGAUUGCGCCUCGUGGAGCGGCGGCUACGAUAAUAAGCACGACGCGGCUGCGAGCCAGACCGGCAGCGACACCGAAUGGGAGCAAGAACCGGUGCUCGAGCUCAUGACGGAAAUUUACGAGGCUAUGGACCGUCUGGAGUGGAGUGCGGGGAUUGGGGAGAAGCGCGCGUCGAGUCGUGAAAAUCCUAGGCCUGCACACGAUAUCUCGAUCCACAGCCUUGCGGCUCAGAUCCACAACCUACUUCCCCCCUCCCGCAACACAUCUCCGGACCUCUGGAUAUCGGGCUCGUCCUCUGAGGUCUCUCCACCGCCGUCAUACGACGACACUCUGGCAGAUCUGCCACCUGACUAUACCACCACAGAUGCGCUAGCCACCGUGCAGAUACCCAAUUAUUCGCUCUUCCCCUCUCUCAACCCCUCAGUCGUGUCCGACGUGCCGUCAUGCCUUCGGUGGAGCGGCGCUACCUCACCCGCUUCUUCUAUUCUGGACGACAAGUUGUGGUACCCGCGCGUGGACUUCUCAAGCUGUGACCCCGAAAACAUCAGGAGCCAUGCAAAGAAGAGCGCAAAGAAGGCCCAAAAGGCGGCAGCAAAAUCGAAAUGGGAGGGUGGUGACGAAGAGGAAAAGAAGGACGAAGGAGCCGCAGGCGGCGACGGAGGCGGAGGGAAUGGCGACAACAAUGCUAAUGGCGAUGGAGGCGCCGGUGGAGAUGGCGGAGGAGGUGGUGGGGACGAAGGGAAAGGAUAUGGCGGUGAUGACUGGGACGCAUGGGAUACCGGUAAGAAGAAAAAGGGGAAAAAAGGUAAAAGGCAAGAGGAGGAAGAGGAAAAGAAGAAGAAAGAGGAGGAAGAAGAGGCUGAGAGGAUAAGAAAAGAGGAAGAGGAAGCCGCUGCUUCUGCGGCAGCUGCGGCACCGGCAACAACAGCCGAUACUUCGUGGGCAGAACCAGAGGCAGCUGGGGGCGGCGAUGACUGGGGUACGUUUACUACCACCACCACCAAGAAAAAGAAGGGAAAGAAAGGCAAGGUUGAUCCAGUACCGCUUCCGCCUCCGCCCCCGCCUGCUCCACCCGAAGAGAAGGGUGCAAAUACGGAAAUCACCUUUGACGACAUCAAUCUCGACGAUAUUGGCGGCGGGGGAGACAGUAGCGCACCUAAACUCGAUCUUAGCUUCGGUGACAGUGGCGACACGGGCGUAUCCAAAUCGCCCAGUUUUGGCUUCGGUGGCCUUGGUAGCCUCAGCACAUGGGGCACCGGGCUGACCAGCAGUUGGGGCAAAACAGCAUCCUGGGGGUUUGACAGCAAUAACGGCGAUGGCGACAAGAAGCCCGAGGAGCCGAAGGACGACAACCCCUGGGGCUCUGGAAAGAAGGACAAGAAGAAAAAGGACUCGAACCAUGGCUUUGACUUCAACUUUGACGCCUUCGGUGCCGAUGGUGCCCCGCCGGCGCCCGAGAAAAAAGAGGAAGAGGAUGACACUUGGGGCUUUUCUUCGGCCAAAGAUAAGAAGAAAAAGAAGGCCAGCCUGCUGAAGGAUUCUGUCCCCGACGUUACGCCUGAGCCAGUAGUCGAAACGAAACAGGAAGACGACUUCGGCUGGUCCUUUGGCGCCACAAAGGACAAAAAGAAGAAGAAAAAAGGAGCCGUUGAGGAGCCAACUCCUGAACCCGUUGUCAACCCUAAACCUGAGCCCGAGCCCGAACCGGUGAAGGAAGAGGACCCGUGGUCAUUUACUAGCGUUGCUACGACAAAGAAGGGCAAGAAGGGGAAGAAGGCCGUUGAGGUCAUUGCAGAGAAGCCCAUCGAAGAAACCCCUCCGCCACCACCGCCUGAGCCUGUUGCCUCGCCUCCCGUAGACGACUGGGGUUCGUUUACCCCGACUGUCACGAAGGUGAAAAAGGGGAAGAAAAGCAAAGCAGAACCCGUCAAGGUUCCUGAUCCUGUACCCGAGCCAAUUGUUGAACCUGAACCCCAGCCCGAACCGGAGGCAGUUGCACCGGUAGCGGUAGUGGAAGAGCCUGCAGCGGACGAUUGGGGAUCUGCGUGGGGAUCUGUAGGUAAAAAGGACAAAAAAAAGGGAGCGAAAAAGGGAGCUAAGGUUGAAGAGCCCAAAACGGAGUCCGUGCCGGAACCCGAGCCCGCCCCUGUUGCCCCCCCGCCUGCGGAUGACUUAUGGGGAGACGGCGGCUGGGGAGUAACCCCGGUCGUCACCAAGGGCAAGAAAAAGGCAGCAGGCAAGAAGGGCGUUGUUAAAGAGGAGCCUUCCAAAGUCGAGGAACCGCCAAAGGAGCCAGAACCCCCUGUCAUUCCGGAACCAGCACCAGCCACAGAUGACUGGGGUGGUCUCGGAUCUUGGGGAACUCCGGCAGCAAGUAAGAAGAAAAAGGGCAAAAAGGGCUCUGUUUCGACAGCCUCGCAGCCUGAUCUAACACCUCCUAACGAACCUAUUCCUGAGGUCCCUGAAAUUAGCCAAGCGUUGGUGGAGACUAAGGAUGCGCCGGCCGAUGACGACUGGAUGAACUGGGGCACUCCAGCUACCUCCAAGAAGGGUACAAAGAAGAAAAAGAAAGGGAGCCUCGUUGUGGAGGAAGUUGUCCCUCCCCCAGCUCCGCCGCCGCCGCCAGCUGUCCCAGACCCCGAACCAGAGCCAGAGCCUGAGGCUGAGACAAAGCAGGAGUCAAUGGAAUGGAGCUUUGGUGGCCUGUUUGGAAGCAAGAAGAAGAAGAAGGGCAAAAAUGCUGAGCCCGACCCACCACCGCCUCCACCCCCUCCACCCGUGGAUGAAACCAUCAUGACCCCUGACGCAGUCGAUGAGCCCGGCGCCAAAGAAGAUGACUGGGCUACACCUUCUUGGAGCAAGAAAGCCACGAAGAAAUCAGGGUCAAAGAAGGACACCCCGGUCGAAGUCACCGAUGACACCCUAGUUGCACCUGUACAGAAGCCCGACCCCGUCGAGGAGAUUGAUCCCUGGGGCAGCGGAGACUGGAACAUUGAUCGCAAAGAGAAGAAGAAGGGCAAGAAGGGGGGAAUACUCGACGCACCUCCUGCUGUCCCCACACCUCCUGGGGAGAUAGCGGCGCUAGAGGAUCUUCCACCAAUGAAGGAGCUGCCUGAACCUCCCGCUGCAGAGAAAAAGGAAGAAGAGCCUGCAUGGGGCUUUUCGACCACCACCAAGAAGAAGAAGGGCAAGAAGGGCGUUACACCUGAUCCUCCAAAGGUUGAGGCGGAUGGCGGAAAGCUGAGCAAGACAACUACCAAAGACUCGGCAGCCUCGAAGAGUAAAACCAUGGACAGCUGGGCCGACCUCGUGGAACUGGAAGAGCCGAAGGAGGAGAAGGAAGAGAUCAAAGAGCCAGAAUCUGCCGCCAACGCUGCCAAAAGCUCAUGGUCGACCUGGGGCACAGCGAAGGAACCCGCGAAGGAACCCGCAAAGGAACCAGCGAAGACACCGGCGAAGAGGGAAAUACCCAGAGAAAAGAGGGCUCGAGAAGCAAAGGAGAAGAAGGAGCGCGAGGAGCAGGAGAGAUUAGAACGCGAGGAACGGGAAGAAAAGGAGCGUCUGGAACGUGAAGAAGAGGAGAAGCGCGCUGAAGAGGAAAGACUCGAACGAGAGGCGCAAGAGGCUAAAGAGGCCGAAGAGGCCGCGGCUGCUGCUGCGGCGGCGGCAGCCGCGGAAGAAGAAAAGAAGAAGAAAGAGGAGAGUUCUGGCGGAUGGGGUUUUACCAGCCUGCUUAAGCCUAGCAAGAAAGAGAACGCCAAGGAUAGGAGGGCGAGAGAGGCUAAGGAACAAGCAGAACGCGAGGAGAAAGAGCGCGAGGAAAGGGAGAAGGCUGAGCAAGAAGAGCAAGAAGGGCUGAAGCAGGAGGCCCUGGAGCUUGAGGCAGCGGCUGAGAAGGCCAGACAAGAACAGGAAGAGGCGGACGCCGCGGCUGCCGCUGCGGAGGAAAAGGAGAAGAGGAAAGCUGAGAGGGCGGCCGAGAAAGCCAGGGCAAGGGAGACGCCAAGGGAAAGAAAAGCCAGGGAGGCCAAGGAGAAAAAGGAACGGGAGCGGGAGGCCAAGGAAGCGGAAGAGGCUGCCGUCGCGGUCGCCGCUGAAGAGCAGGCCAAGAAAGACGCCGAAGAAGCGGAAGCCGCUGCGGCUAAGCUGGCUUACGACAACGAGAUUCUCGAGAUUAUUGACGAGGCGCCGGUGAAGGGCAAAAAGAAGAAGAAGGGCAGCAAAGCAGCGGAGGCUGCCAAGGCCGCUGCAGCUCCACCCCCGAUGACCGACGAAGAGCUCAUCGCGCUGGCGGAGGCGGAAAUAGCGGGGGCGCCGGCGCCGCUCGAGGAUCUGCUGGGCUUGGCAGAGCCUGCACCUGCACCCGCGAAAGAGGAGAAGGAGGAGAACGCCGGCAGCGGCUGGGGCAGCAAGUGGGGCGUGUCGCUGCGCAAGACGAAGCCGGUCGAGCCUAAAAAGGAAGAGGUCGAGGUGGCCAAUGAGAUCGUCUCGGUUCCAGAGCCAGAGCCAGAGCCGGAGAAGGAACCAGAACCCCCGGUCGCUGACGACCCGCCACCGAAGGCAACCAAAUCGACUCUGACAAAAGGCAAGUCAUCCAAGUCCGCUGCCAUCGCGGAAAAGCUCAAAGCGCUGCAAGACAAGAAGGAUAAGAAGGCCGCCGACGCUGCGAAAGCCCGCGAGCCCGAGCCUGAACCUGCGCCUGAGCCUGAGCCUGAGCCUGAACCCGAACCUGAGGAGCCCCCGCCGCCACCAGAGCCUCCGCUCGUAGAAAUCAUCGAGGCCACGCCCAAGAAAGCGUCCUCCAAGUCGAAGAAGGCCGACAAAGCUACGGCGAAAGCCUCGUCGUCCAAGAAGAAGGAGUUUGCGCCGCUUGUCGUGCCUGUGCCCGAGCCUGCGCCAGAAGAGAUCCCCAAGGUCUCCACGCCUGUUCCCGGCGGAUUCCCCAUGGACGACGAUAUCAUGGGUAUGGACAUGAUCGAUCUCGAGCCCUCUCCCCCGCCUCAUCCGCCCGUUGUCGAGCCCCCCGCCGCCAAGAAAGCUUCCAAGAAGGCUGCAAAGAAGGGCACCAAGACCAAGGCAGAGCCUGUAGAAGAGGCGCCGGCGCCACCGCCGUCACCGCCACCGCCAGCCCCGGAGCCGGACGCUGAUAUUGAAGAGUCUCGAGAUAUGGACGUCGACGACGUGCCCUCGAAGCUUCCGACUCCGCCGCCCGAACCCGAGAGCAAGCCUGUUGAGCCGCCAAAAAAGGAGCGCGCGAAGGUCGUUCGCAAUCAAGCUGGCGCGUCUUGGGGCUUCUGGGGUGCUGCUGCUGCGGCAUCAGCACGCCCGACUCCCAGGAAGACGUCUCGCGACGAUGCUACGACACCCGCAAAGGUCGCCACUCCAGGCUUGACGCGGUCCAAGUCUGCCCGCGUGCCCUCGACGAAAGACAAGGACGUCAUGUCAAAGUCGUCCGGGUCCGAUAAGGUUAAGUCAGCUUCUCGUGGCAAAGCCUCUCGCGGAGCGAGCUUCUCGCUCUUAGGUGCCCCUCCUCCUUCUCGAUCGAAGUCGGUCCGUCAAGCAACGACAUCGAGGACAAUUUCGCGACGACAAUCGGUUGAUGGCGACGCUGCCAUGAUGUCCCCUCCACAGACUGAUACAGAUAUGGGCAAGGUGUCUGAGAAGGCGGCAAAAAUGAUGGGCAUAAGGCCCUCUGUGAACAGGCGAUCCACCACGAGGGAGAAGGUGAAGCCGGCAAGAGCCAUUCCAGAUCCAUAUGCUAUCAGCGAUGGAGAUCUCAUGCUCGUAGAUGAGGAUCCACCAUCACCCUCUCCGGCAGCGAAACGGGAAUCUCGCCCCACUGCUACGAGACAAACGUCAAAGCGUCAUUCAGUUGCAGUCGCACCCGACGAACCUAUCACUGCACCACCCAGCGCCGACGAUCCGCUGGUCGAUGUGUCUGCCGAGGGAACCGCUCCAGCUCGGUCGUCUCGCCAAGAUAUGGACAUUGGCUACAACGAAGCUCCACGUCGCGAACGCGAGUCGGCGAGGCGGUCAACUUCAAACGCUAAAAAGUCAGACGGUCUCAUGGGCAUGUUUGGACUUGCCUCGGCACGCAAGAGGGACCGCCCUGAGCUUGAUGAUCGCCGCGAGCGACGCAGAACUGCCUACGAAACCGAGGAUGAACGGAUACGACGGAAGCGAUCGUCAACCCGUGGCGCCAUCACCGACGACGAAGCCAAAAGACUACGCAGAGAGGGUCGUCGCGUUCACCGCUCCCGUCAGCCUUCCGACACCGAAGGUGGUGGCAUGACUGAUGCUGCUCGAGGGAUGGGCGGUGCAAGUGCAAGCACCGAUGCUGAGGCUGAACGAGAGCAGAAAAAGGCUGAACGGCGAGCAGUUAGGCGCGCACAGAAGGAGGCAGAAACUGUACGUGCUGCUGAAUUAGCGGAAGCAGAAGAGAAGGCUGAGAGGAGGCGCGAAAGAGAGAGGGCCCGCGAGCGGGCGAUUAUGGAUGAGAAGAAGGCUAAGCAGAAAGAAGAAAGGGAGCGCAAGAGCAGGGAGGCCGCUGAGCUUGAAGAACGUCGUCAAGAAGAGAAGCGUGCGAGACGUGUGGCCAGAGAGGAAAGGAGAACAGACGAGCGAAUCAUGCGCGAGCCGGAAGCACGAGAACCAGAACGCCGGCGACGAAGCGGAAAGGAAGGGGAGCCCUCACGCACCGGCAAAUCUGAACGCCGCCGGUCUCACGUCGAAGAAGACCCUGCCGCUCGCAGAGCACGUCAUGAAGACCGUCGUGCUAGGCGCACUUCAGAGAUACACCCAUCAUCACGAGCGGAACCUGCGGACUACUUCGAUCCCCGCAACGCCACCAACCACCGACGUCGCAGCUCUUACAUGGAUGCUAAGACCACUAAUGGCGAGUCUUCAAGUGGGAACCGCCCGUACCUGGCGAAAGGUGGUGACAAGACGUCUUCUUGGGUCGACUCACUAAACAACGAUCCUCCACUCCCCGUUCCCAUGGCAGAGACAGUCCUCGAUCAGCCUCCUGGUGACCAAGAAGGAGAGGUUGUCGACGAGGAAACCCCGUCUGCAGACGAGGACGUAAGGCUUCGCAUUGCUGGACGACGAGGAAAGAACCGCGACAACAGAGAAAAGGAACCUCGAACUGAGCGGAAGCGAGACAGCCACCGUCGACGGGCCGCCGACCCUCAGGCUAGCAAUGACGAAGAAACAGAUGGCAGGAGCAAGCGCAGGAGUCACGCAUAUCCUCCAGUUUCCUAUAACGAGCCUCCCGCGCGAACAUGGGAUGGCCGUCCCGCCGCUGCACCAACUGGCGGCAAGAGAGGAAGCUGGUUCAAAAAGAUUGCUGGUUUGGGAUAGAAUCAAUGAUGGUGUUCAUCCUUUGAUGAAGAUUUGCUUCAGCAACGUCUAGAAUUUGAGCGUAUAUUGGUUAUUGGAGUAGCGGCAACAUCUUUCGACGCAUUUCUUCCUCGGUCCAUCCUGUAGUACCAUCCCCAUCGCUCUUCCAUUUUGCUAUCGGGCAGGCCUGGAGCAACACUGUAUCUAGGAUUGGCUUUGUUUGCAUCGAAAAUCUCGGAACUGCAUUGGGUUGGGUAUGGGCCUCAUCACCACUUCCUUUUUUUGUUACGUAUUAUGUCAUUUAGUACGGAUACGACGUCUUUCAGUUUGUUUCGAUUUGUAUGAGCGAGCGCUUGGAGCUACUAGGAUUAUUUAGGUUGGGGCUUGGAUUGAGUUGAAUCAGCUUGGUGUUUUGAAUUUCGGAUUGAGAAGAGCGGAGCGAGCUGUCAAUUUUCUUCCUGGGGUGACUUUGCCCUUUUACCUUCGUGGGUUUUUUUU